GCGUAAUUUGAGGAAGAUGGAUGAGCCCCGAGGGGAAACUCCCCCUUUUCAUCCCUCUAUGCAGAUGAUCGCUCUCCCUCUCGCUCCCUCUCUUCGGGGCGGGGAGAGAGAAAACGUGUGUUGGGCUCUCGGAGUGCGACAGAUAAGAAGGGAAAGGUAAACGCAACACAAGUCGAGCCAGAGCGCCGCGCCACCGCCAGGGAUGUCAACACGUCACGGGACCUACUUUCUCUCGCGCUGAAGCUGUUCUCCAGACCCUCGCAAACAUGCAGAGACCCGGCGGGCAAGGGACGGCCUUCUCCAUCGACUCCCUGAUCGGAAGCCCGCAGCCCAGACCCGGACACCUGCUCUACACCGGCUACCCGAUGUUCAUGCCCUACCGGCCGCUGGUCAUCCCGCAGGCGCUGUCGCACUCGCCGCUCUCCUCCGGGAUCCCGCCGCUUGCGCCGCUGGCUUCCUUCGCGGGGAGACUCACCAACACCUUCUGCGCCAGCCUGGGUCAGGGGGUGCCGUCCAUGGUGGCGCUGACCACCACCAUGCCGAGCUUCUCGGACCCGCCGGACAGUUUCUACCCGCCUCAGGAGCUGCCGGGCCCCCGGCUGAGCGCCGCGGAGCCGGGGGCCCGGCGGCAGGAGAGUCCGCAGAGCGAGGAGCUGCACGGCCGGGACAAGGGCUCGGAGCUGCUCAACUUCUCGGAAACUUUCCACACGAUAUCAGGUGAAACCAAACUGUACAGCUCGGACGACGAGAAGCUGGAGCUGAAGUCCGCGGACACGGCGUGCAGCGAGCGGGACGACAGCUCGGCCGACAGCGAGAACGAGAGCUUCUCGGACGGAAACAACUGCGGCUCCUUGAGCCAGAAGAGCAAGGCGAAGAGCGGCUCUCACGAGGCGCUGCCGGGCGGCGGCGGCUCCGCCGGCAAGAGUCGCCGCCGCAGAACCGCCUUCACCAGCGAGCAGCUGCUGGAGCUGGAGAAGGAGUUCCACUGUAAAAAGUACCUGUCGCUCACCGAACGCUCGCAGAUCGCCCACGCACUGAAACUGAGCGAGGUGCAGGUGAAGAUCUGGUUCCAGAACCGCAGGGCCAAGUGGAAACGGAUCAAGGCCGGGAACGUCAACAACCGCUCCGGGGAGCCGGUGAGGAACCCAAAGAUCGUGGUUCCCAUCCCGGUGCACGUCAACAGGUUCGCGGUGAGGAGCCAGCACCAGCAGAUCGAGCAGGGCAGCAGACCCUGACGCGCCCUCGCACCGUUUGGGUGGCGCGUCGAGCACAAACAAGGAGCGGGAUUUUCUUGCACCUGGACGAGAAAACACUGUCGUUUUUAUUUAUUCCUCUGUAAAUAUGUGGAUAUAAAUGUGUAAAAAAUAAGUGUAAAGAUUUUUUUUAAGUAUUUAUAUGUCUGGCCAAAACCUUUCCGUUGCGUGCAUGACGUUCAGACUUGCGUUGGUGUUUCGAUUUGCAUGUCACUUCAGACCUUUCUAAACUUUGACGGGCUCCUCUCGGGCUUUUAAAUGUGAAGACCAAAUGAGGGAUUAUUAUUGUAAAGUAUAAUGACCUAAUAAAUUGCUUUAUAAGAAAUCCAUCUUCAUUGAUUAGUCGGUGAUACAUAUAUUCCGCUUUUUAAAAUCCUUUUAAUGACAGCGCAUUUCUGUAAAAAUGGAAAACAAAUGAAAUCGAUGUUUAAAGACGUUUAGAGCUGCCGUUUCAUCGAGGGUUGCUGGUUUAAACAGGAGCGGGAGCAGUCGCGGUUCCGUGUGAAGAAUUUUGAGGCCUUGAUUCAAAUA